AUGAUGAUGUUUGAUACUUGCAAGAAGCCAGACCUGUGCAUUGUCUAUGGGGAACCCAUCAGGCAAAAGCCCAUCAUCCACAAGAGAACGGGGGGUCAGCAGGAAGCCCACCCAGUUGAGGAGGAGGAUGUACCCCUUCUUCACGGAGGAAGUUGCAGAUCCCCCUGGGAAAUCACAGUACAGACAAUUCCUGGUCCUGCUAAGGAGCAGGAUGUGUGCAUUGUGGGUGAGGAGAACAUCUGGCACUACCCCAACACCUGCGAGAGAAAUAUGUGUUUGCAGAAAAUCAGCUCAGGGGACUGUCCAGUUUACAGCAAAGGAGACUCCAGUGUCCCAAGUAAAACUCCAGCCCAGGGUGUUGUUGAUGCCACAGCCAGGAUGAUGAUGCUUGAUACUUCUUGGGAGCCAGACCUGUGCAUUGUCUAUGGGGAACCCAUCAGGCCAAAGGCCAUCAUCCAUAAGAGAACUGAGGGUCAGCAGGAAGCCCACCCAGUCGAGGAGGAGGAGGAGGAUGUACCCCUUCUUUGUGGAGGAAGUUGCAGAUCCCCCUGGGAAAUCAUGUUGGAGACAGUUCCUGGUGCUGCUGAGGAGCAGGAUGUGUGCAUUGUAGGUGAGGAUAACAUCUGGCACAACCCCAACAUCUGUGAGAGAAAAGCGUGUUUGCAGGACACCCACUCAGUGGAGAGUCCCGUUCACAGCAAACUAGAUUCCAGAGUCCCCAGUGAACCUCCAUUCCAGACUGUUGUUGAUGCUGCUAAGGGACAAGACAUCUGCACUGUGCCCAUUUUUCAAGGAACAGCCCCCAGUGAAGCCACAGCUCAGAGAGAUAUGGAUACUGGUAAGUAAUGAGACUCCUGGGUAAUGCAUAUUGGGGAUGGAGGUCCCAGGCAGAAUUGCUUCUUAGCUCCAGGUCUUAAUGACAAGAAUACAAGGCUAUUUUUGAGGUCAUCCCAUGCUACAGCAACUUACAAUAGACCCACUAAAAGUAAUGGACGGACAUAGAACCCAAUCUUGUGAAGAAAUUGUUUUGUUUGCUGUUUACAACUACUUUCCCUAUGUUCAUAGUCUGCUACUUUUGCUGUAUUGUCUGCUCUUGAGCAUUAGAAAAGGUUCAAUGCAUCAAGAAUUAGAAAUCUUGAUCUAACCUAAUGAUGGACAAAUAAUAUAGCUAUGCUUCCUAAAGCCAAGUUAAGCUUCUACCUGGAGACUGAGAUAAUAUUUGCUCUAAAGAAUAGGAUCUCUACAGGUAGGAACUUGCUGGUGAAUCUGACAGAAUGGAAAACCAGACUAAGGCUAUUGAGCAGAGUGGAAUGAAAGGUCACCCAUGAUGGCAACUCAUUGCCCGCUUUGGCAGCAAUGGCCCCAAAAGUGUAACAAAAUACGAAAUAUAUUAGAUUGAAUCACUCUGUUUCCAUCUCUCUAUAACAUCCAUGUUUUCCUUCUCUCUUAUCUAGCAGGUGUUGUGCAAUGGAGAGAGAACAGAAGGAAAUCUUCAAAAAAAGCACAGGAUGAGAUGGUGGAGCAGAACUACCUGAGUCAGGAUGGACCAUGGAGGGGAAAGAGAAGCCACACAGAUCGGAAUACAGCUGAAUCCCUUGUUCCUCAUAGUAGCCUCUUCACUGUGCAAGGAGAACAGCCAGAAAACAGAGAUGCUUUGAAAGCAUUCACAGAGGAGAAAACAAUUCAAAGCGCAGAGUCUGGAGGAAUUAGCAGUGGGAGCAGGAACAAUGGAAACAGCCCCACAUGCCCUACAGAGGUGAAGCGAUUUACUUGUUUGGAGUGUGGAAGGAGCUUCAGGAAUCAGAAGCAGUUUGCUGCCCAUCAGAAGAUUCAUACAGGACAGAAACCUCAUAAAUGUGCAGACUGUGGAACAAGCUUCCGCACGAAAUGGAAACUUAAAGUACAUGAAAGAAUCCACACAGGGGAGAAACCUUUCAAAUGUUCAGAGUGUGAGAAAAGCUUCACUGACCACUCAAACCUUUCUAGACAUACAAGAACUCACACAGGGGAGAAGCCUUACAAAUGUUCGGAGUGCGAUAAAUGUUUCGCACACAACUUCCACCUUGCAGUACAUAAAAGAACUCACAAAGGGGAGAAGCCUUUCAAAUGUUCAGAGUGCGAAAAAAGCUUCACUGACAGCUCAUACCUUACAGUACAUAAAAGAACCCACACAGGGGAGAAGCCCUACAAAUGUUCUGUGUGUGGGAAACAUUUCGCACAUAUCUCAAACCUUAAAGUACAUGAAAGAACUCACACAGGGGAGAAACCUUUCAAAUGUUCAGAGUGUGAGAAAAGCUUCACUGACAGCUCAAGCCUUACUAAACAUAAAAGAACUCACACAGGGCAGAAACCUUUCUAA